AUGUCGUCCACCGCUCCAGGCGAGCAGUUCGAGGUCCGCCAGACCACCGCGACCGAGGACAUGCACCCAGACCCCUCCAAGAGCAUCCCGCUCUCACCACAGAGACAAGCUCUCAUCGACGACAUCAUCGCCCUCUACUCCUGCGAGCCAACCAUCAAGCGUGUCGAGCGCUACACAGCCGACUGUGUCUACGACGAUCAGUUCGUCUACGCCAACGACCGCUACAAGAUGGCAGGUCAAUGGUUUGCUCUACCAAAGCUCUUCAAGGCCAGCAAGAACGAAGGAUACGAGAUCAUCAAGAACGAGCAGAAUCUGAUCCAGUUCAAGAAUGAGCAAUCAUGGACGUUCAAGAUCAUCCCAAAGACUGCGACAAUCAAUGCCCUCGUGUCGUUGAGCUUGCAUCCUGCCACCGUGGACAGCGACUUCAUUCAAGUCAAGUACCACAAGGACCAGGCAAAUGACAAGGACUACAGCCAUGAGGGCGUAGGAUUCAGCUUCAAGAAGUGGCAGGCGGAUAAUGUCAUGAAGCACAUGGACAGCGAGGAAGUGAAGUACUUUGAGAAGGAUAAGCGUGCCGCGAAGGAGGAAGUAAGGAAGUAUGGUACAGGUGAUGAGAAGGGUGAUGCUCCAAGGAAGGACUUGUAG